ACAUGUCGCAGCUUCAUUGACCUGGCCCCGGCAUCAGAGAAAGGGGUCCUGUGGCUGUCGGUAGUCUCCGAGGUGCUCUAUAUCCUCCUGCUGGUGGUUGGCUUCAGCCUCAUGUGUCUGGAGCUCUUUCAGUCCAGCAAUGUCAUCGACGGGCUCAAGCUCAAUGCCUUCGCGGCCGUCUUCACGGUGCUCUCAGGCCUCCUGGGAAUGGUAGCCCACAUGAUGUACACACAGGUGUUCCAGGUCACCGUGAGCCUCGGCCCUGAAGACUGGAGACCGCAUUCCUGGGACUACGGGUGGUCCUUCUGCCUGGCGUGGGGCUCCUUUACCUGCUGCAUGGCGGCCUCUGUCACCACGCUCAACUCCUAUACCAAGACGGUCAUUGAGUUCCGGCACAAGCGCAAGGUCUUUGAGCAGGGCUACCGUGAAGAGCCGACCUUCAUAGACCCCGAGGCCAUCAAGUACUUCCGGGAGAGGAUCGAGAAGGGGGAUGGGACCGAGGAGGAGGACCUGCGCUUAGCUUGCCGCCACGAGAGAUGCCCCGCCCGACACCAGCCACACAUGGGAGAUUCCUGGACCCGGAGCUCUGCACAGGAGAUGCCAGAGCUGAACCGCCAGUGCUGGGUCCUGGGGCACUGGGUGUAACCGAGACCCAGCCUGGCCUCCAGACCUCAGGCCAUCAUUAGGCACCAGCCCCCUGACACAAGACCGCGGUCUGGUACCUCUGGAAAGCUGGCCCGUGUGCUGUGAACUCAGCCAGCCUGCGUGGGAGACACCAGGCCUGCCCAGUGCUGCCUGGGUCCCCCGGCCCUGCAAAUGGGGCCGGGGCGGCCGGAGGGAAUGCACAGGGCUGCAGAAAGCGAGUUUGGGACACCCACUCCUAACUCUUGCCACCAUCACAUGCAGAGCCCUGCAGGGUGCAGCUGGGACACCAGGAAGGAUACGGACAUUGGCCACUGAAAGCCUGGGGACCCACGAGCCAGCCAGGAGGUUCAGGAGGGGCCCAUCGGUGCAGAGGCCUGCAGGAGCAGGCAGUGGUGGCGCUUCUGGAAGGAAGGGCAGUGGUGCUGGCACCGCAGGGGGUCACUCAGCAGGCACAGAGCAGGGGCUCAAUAAAUGCUUGUGGAACCUGUUUUCUUGCUGUGCUUGGAGGCCAGUUGCUCUCUGGGCUGUGGCUGCCCCCUCAUGGUACCACUCCAUCUGGUCCCCAAGGAGCCGGAAGGUGAGACAGCCCUGAGUGUGCUGGGGUCAGGGCCAGACAUGGAGAUAUGGGAGGGAGGGAACCUAGAGCCGAGGCUGGGCCUGGAGGUGGGGGUCAAAAUGGAGCCAGGUGGCCAGGUUGGGUUCCAGAGGGGGACAGGGCAGGGGCCAGGCAGGCGGGACAUGUGAAGUGGGCAAGAGACAAGCCCUCAAACCCAGGCCCUAAGCCACCCUGACUACCCCGGGGACCCCUACCCUGGGUCUAGAGCCACCUUUACAUCAAAUCCUAGAGCUCAGAUCCCUAUUAUACAGACGAGGGAACUUAGGGUCACAGCGGUGAAGUAACUUGUCCAAGAUCACAGAGUUGGGGUUUGAACCAGGACUCCUGACUCCAAGAGGCCUCAUCCCUUCCCAGAGGAUUUCUAGACCUUUCCCCCAAGUAGAGAAUGUUCUUCACUCUUCCGUAAAUCCAUCUUCCAUCAUCCAUCCAUCCUUCCAUCACCUGUGCUCCAUCAUCCAUCCAUCCAUCCCCUCCCUUCCUCCCUCCCUCCCUCCAUCCAUCCUCCUAUCAUGCAUCACCCAUCCUCAUGAUCAACCACA